UGCACGUGCUGUCGAAAUAUAGGGUUGUACUACUAUGUUUUCCUCUAGCGUCAAGUAUAACUAGAAAGAACUUUUAGCAUUCGCUACUGAGCCCAGCAUGAAUUAUUAUAGACUAUUUCGUGGUGUGUUAACGUGCAGCUCGGUUAGACUCUAUAAUAAAUCCACAAAACGACCUGAAGUUUCGGAACUUCUUCGAGAUGCAUCCACCUUUGAGCUGAAUUCCAUUGGAGAUCAGUGGAACAGUGAUACGUAUCCCAUUGAAAGAUCUCUGAAAAACAAACUUCGGGCAGAGGCUGUACUAACAAAACCUAUGAAGGAUCCUAGGUCGACAACUGUUGUUCUUUUUCCUGGACAGGGCGCACAAUACACUGGAAUGGCUAAGAAUCUUCUUACUGUGCCGGGAGUAAAGGAUAUGUUCAACUUUGCCUCAUCAGUUAUGAAAAUUGAUCUACUCAAGCUAUGCUUGGACGGUCCACAAGAAGUUCUGAACAUGACAAUCAACUGCCAAGCAGCGAUGCUCUUAACAAGUCUUGCCGCUUUGGAAAAGUUGAAACUAUCUUCUCCCGAACUUAUAGAGCGAUGCACAACAACCGCUGGUUUUAGUGUGGGCGAGUACUCGGCUCUUGUCUUUGGAGGAGCAAUAAGCUUUGAAGACACUGUUCAUUUGGUGAAACUCAGAGGUGAAGCUAUGCAGAUCUGCUCGGAGGAAAGACCGUCUGGACUCAUGACAGUGUUCCUUCGGGCGGACUCAAAACUCAACCUAGGAACGAAAUUGGCUCGCGAAUGGUGCCAGGAACGAGAAAAGAUUAAGGACCCGGUGUGCGAAAUCGCGAGUCACCUCUUUCCACACUGCAAGGUCAUAGGAGGGGACGAAAAGGCUCUGGAGUUCCUUCAGCGCAAUGCAAGAGAAUUUAAUCUGAAGAAAUGCAAAAGGCUGACUGUAUCUGGUGCUUUUCAUACUAAGCUAAUGAAGCCUGCUAAAGACGUUCUUGCAAAUGCGCUCAAUAAAGUGGUCAUCAACCCACCAGCUAUACAGGUAAUGUCAAAUUUCAGCGCUAAGCCUUACAAGACGCCAGAGAUGAUUCGCAAGCACCUCGUUCAACAAAUUUACAGCCCGGUUAAAUGGGAGCAAGUUAUGCAAAAAAUAUAUAUGCGGAACGAUGACGUACCGUUCCCAAAUACUUACGAAGUAGGCCCGGGUGACACCUUGAGGCCAAUCCUUAAAAUGGUUAACGCUAGAGCGUAUGAGCAGUCCUACAAGCAUGAGAUCUAGAUUUGUAAAUGGGUGUAAAAUGUUAGGUAUGUUGUUGUGGUGCUGGGUCGCUAGAAGAUCAUUCGGGUUUCGCGAUAUCUUCAAAAGAAAAAUAUGUCUUUGGUUGUUAUGGUGCAUAAAUUGGAUUAUUUCGUGCUCGUAAAUGAGGAAUAGCUUUGUACAAUUUCAUUUUAGAAAGCCAAAAUGCCCCAAUCUGAUUAUUACCGUGCAAAUCGAAAUGUAUAUGAAUACAAAGGUUGAUGUUUCUCAGACAUUUUUUGUUUCUAUAAUAAAGCGGCGCGUCGAGCUUGAAAUGAGAUUGUUAUGUAAUGUAUGUACGAAAAUCAAGAAAACUAUUUCUAAAAAAACCCCAUCAUAAAUGACAUAUAUAAUACAUUACCCAAUGGAAAAAUCAAUAAAUGAAUAAGUCCGUUUUUACUUUCCCUUCUUUUUUUAGAACUAGUUUUAAAGAUUAAGAAAUUAAACUGUCAUUGAACUAUUAUUUUAUUAUUAGUAAUAAACGGAUAAAGUAUAUCAUUAUCGUACCGUAAAAUACCGUAAAAAUCGAUCAUUCACUGCAUCGAUUUCGCGGAAUCAUCGUAAGGUACACGUCCAGUGAAAGAUUUGAUAACUAAGUGCAGGAAUUUCAAGAAUAAAUUCGAAGACUAAAGCUAUAAAUUUUUGCACGAAUGUUGUUUUCAAUGGCGAAUUUUGUUAAGAGUAAUUAACAAAGCAUGUUCAAUCACUUCGAAUUCAAUAAUCAAAUAUCUUAGUGAAAAAAACAACGUGUCUAAUUGUACCCAUUGGGUAGUUCACAACAAUUGGAUAUAUCUCCGAACUUGCGGGACAUUAGGUCGCCAUUGUUCUACCAGAAAGAGUUGUCUAUUAGGAUUAAUAUAAAAGUUUAUGCUCGCCUCUAUUAAACUGAAUUUUACGAAAAAUGUAUCCUUGCUCGCCUGAAAUUAAUUUGAUUUUUCUACAUUUCAUUCAUUCGUGGUUAAACAGGUAUCCAGUGAUUAAAAUUUAGUAUUAUAACAGAAAUCAUUUCCAUACGGAGCACUUGAUAAAUAGGUAGUGCUUUUCGCAUGUACCUUAUUUUAAAAAUUCGUGACUAACUUGAAUGUAAGUACUAUAA